AUGCAUGCAGAAACAUCCAUCGCCACCACGGAUUCCGUUCAAGACUGCUAUUAUAAGGAAGUUUGCUUGGACUUUCAACCGGUCGAAGCCACACCAGUGGCUCACAUGCUUCCGCUUCUCGAGGGACCCUCGGCGGGGGGAAAAGACACUCUAAACACGAUAAUGCAGCAUAUCGUCAAGGAAACGCGCCGUCAUGGUGCCGAGGUGUGCACGUUUCCUGUUCAAUGGCGAUGCCAAACAGGGGAGGAGAUCCAGCGGCAGUUGAUCCCCAUGGUUUCCCAUUAUAGAAUCCAGGGUUUGCUCGUUCAAGAACGCACCCGGCGUCUCUCGAUUGAGGUGACACAGCUUGCCUGGCGUCAUAAUUUGAUGUCCGCCUUCAAUUACACCGCAUCGCUAUCGCAGAGGCUCUCAAUGUAUUGGACCCAGCUGCGCCGUCAGGUCGAAACUCGACCUUUUAAUUCCGACAAUUUCAAUAAGUUUUCGUUGUCUUUGCCAAACACCUCAAGAUGGUCCGAGGCCUCAAAUGUUGUCGACGCCCAAGAGCAUUAUGCGACAUUCUCUAUGCAUUCUACGAUCAGGAGCGAUAGCAAGGGGUGUAGUGGGUCGACAUCCUUCCCUUCUCAUUCUAGUUUUUUUUCGCCGUCGCUUCAAACUCCUGUUCGCUACGAUGCAACCUUGACUAGGGAGUACGAGAAUUAG